UUAUAUAAAUUGGUAUAAAUAUCAGAACAGAUCAUUUAGAUUAAAGAAUAUACCGUGAUGUAACACAUCUGUGUUAAAAGUAAGUUGAACAAGGAAAUGACCCGUUAGCUCAGAGAGCCAAUGGAAACAUGUCACAAGGCUUCCAAUCGAGAAGGUUUCACACAGAGAAGGUUUUAGAGAAUUAACCUUCUAAGUUUGUGCCCUGGAGCUCAUUAUGAAAAUGAAUGUCAUUCUACUCAUUAUAUGCGUUCUCUUUAAUAAACCAUCAAUGCAACAUUCUGGAAGUAUUUUGCAGAUGGGGGAUGUAACAGUUCAAGUGGGUGAUGAUGUGACAUUUCACUGCUUUCACCCAAAAGACCAAAUUAAUAGAGUAUUGUGGUUCAAACAGACUCUGGGAGAAAAGCCUGCUCUUGUAGCCUCUUCAUAUCACUGGUCUCAAGACGGUGAACUUCAUGAUGAGUUUGGAAAGAUAAAGCGCUAUAAAAUAAAUUCAGGGCUUGGCAGCUUUAAUCUAACCAUUGAAAGGACUGUACAAUCCGAUUCAGCCACAUAUUAUUGUGCAGGUUCCUUUAUGAACAUUGUCUACUUUGGAGCUGGAGCUAAUCUGGUGCUUAGAGGUUCUGAAUCCAACCAGAUUCAUAUUCUUCAGGAAAAGCAACCUGGAACAUCAUCAUCAGAUGGAAAUGUGACACUGCAGUGUACAAUCCAAAGUAAAGAAGAGAGUUGUGGAGGCGAACACAGGGUCUAUUGGUUCAGACCCGGUUCAGAAAAAUCCAGUCCAGGAAUCAUUCACGCUCAAGAAAGUUGUAAAAACAGCUCUUUGACUGCUUCUCCUUCCAGGAGCUGUGUCUACAGUCUCUCUAUGAGAAACAUCAAGCCUGGGACUUACUACUGUGCUGUGGUCGCAUGUGGGGAGAUUUUGUUUGGACACGGAAUUACUCUGGAUAUCGACGAUGGACAUAACUUGCACUUCUACAUUCUCAUUGGCCUUACACUAUUGCUGGUCAUAAGCUUCAUCACUAAUGUUAUGCUUUGCGUGACAAAGACAAAAGGCAACACAUCUCAGCAAGUUCACACAACAGAGUCAAGGGCACAGUACAACAGGACCUCUGAUAUGAAUUAUGCUGCCAUAAACUUCACCAAUUCCCAAAGUUCAAGACAGCAGAGAGUGGAGAUGCAAUGGCAGACAGAAUACUCUGGACUGGAAUUAAACGAUUCUGCACCGUAACUGUAUUUGUACUGUAUUUCUGUACUGUAUUAGUAUUUGCUAAUAUUGUUUCUAAACCAGAGCCAUGUCAUAUUUUAUGUUCUGAAAUAAUUAUGAAAUUUAAAUGUCUCUUUAUUCUGUUGAAAUAACCACACCCAUGCAUUGUGCUCUUUCUUAAUGUGUAUUAAUGUACUGUAUGAGAAUAAAGUGUCUUAUUUUU